AUCCUACUAAAACACCAAUUUCUGCUAUAUUGUCCCAUUUAGAUUUUCUUUUCACUUCAGGAACUCUUAAGGUAUUGGCCCAAUGCACGCUUGCUUUGCUUACUUUAGUUUGCUUUGCUUUACUUUGAAGGCUUUUAUGGCCUAAUGGUAGCUUUGAACGCUGUCAUAGUAGUCAGCUGAUUUUCAUUGCGCGCAAAUAUACCCGCCAUUCUUUGUUGUGCCAGCAAGUAUAAUUGUGAAUUUUAGUUAAAAUAUAUGUUAUUAAACAAUUAUUUGUUACUAAGAACAUUAUUUUUUACAGAUACCUUCUUUUUUAUCGUUCCGGUUUUGGUGAAGCUGCAUUUGGCUGCGCCACUCACCACCCGUGUUUAUAAGACGUAAUAUUCAAUUGGAGAUACCUUGCUUUUUAUCGUUCCGGCCACCAGAUUCGUUGGUUUUCAUAAAGUUUCAUUUGGCAGUACAAAAUGUUGACUCGAAAUGCUGAACAAGUUUUGAGAAUUUUCCUAAUUUUAGCGAAAAUGCGUAAAUUAAAACUGCGAUUAAAACAGAAGCGCCGAUUUUGGGUUCGGAAAUUGUACUUAGAGCGACACAAAUAUGGAUUGUUUGAAAGUUCAUUAAGAAACUUGGCUGCAGAUGAGGAGCAGUUUAACAAGACAUUAAGAAUGCCCUUUUCGUUAUUUAAUGUGCUGCACGAAUUUCUGGAGGCUUCGCAGACCAAAUAUUCAAUCAGAACACCAAUAUCGAGCCGCUGCAGACUAUUUAUAACCCUGAUAUAUUUGGCUCACGGUGGCACUCGGCAAUUCCACACAAUAGUUCACAGGAUCGGCCUGACGACUUUCAGGAAGAUUACGUUGGAGACAUGUAUGACCAUAUGGGAUCUGUUAGCUGACCUGUAUGUGGCGACCCCGUCAGAAACGGAAUGGGGACGUAUUUCCAAUGAGUUCAAGUCGCUGUGGAAUAUGCCCAACUGCGUUGGUUCCAUCGACGGAAAGCACAUUAAUAUUACCUGUCCAGCGAAUUCAGGGUCGAUGUACUAUAAUUACAAAGGCAAUUAUAGUAUCGUGCUUUUGGCCGUAUGUGAUGCCAAUUAUACCUUUACCUGCGUUGACAUCGGAGCAUAUGGAAGUCAAAGCGAUGGCGGUGUCUACCACUUUUCAAAACUGGCAGAUGCUAUUGAAAAUGAUAGGCUCGGCCUUCCACAUGAUCAGCCUCUGCCAGGAGAAACCGAGCCAUUUCCACAUUAUUUAGUAGGAGAUGCUGCUUUUCCCUUACGGCGUUAUUUAAUGCGACCAUAUCCGGGUAGAGGUAUUCCAGAAGAGCAAGAGUAUUUCAAUAAAAGACUCUCUCGUGCAAGAAGAGUUAUAGAAAACGCAUUUGGAAUACUCACUGCCAAAUGGAGAAUAUUGAGAACGACGCUAUGCAUGGCCCCGAAAAAUGCAGAACAAAUAGUGAAAGCUUGUAUUGUCUUGCAUAAUUUUAUUAAGCUUUCGUGUGCAAACUAUGUAGCAAGCGAUUUUGUUGAUCGCUACGAAGAGGAUGCCACCAUCGCUGGCUCAUGGCGAAACGAAGUAGUUCCAUUGCCCUCAAUAAGUAGGGUGUCAUCGAACCGAGGCAGUUCAAAUAAUUAUGAUUUAAGGGAUGCUCUGAAGACACAUCUUUUUAACAAUAAAAUUUAAAUAAUUACUACUCACUGAA